AUGAGAGAGCACAAGGAGAAAAAGGCCCAGCCAACAGUCAUCACCAACCACAGGAGUAAAGCCACCACCUUAGACCAUCCAUCCACAGUUCAAAUGACCACAGUUACAAUAAUGACUGAAGGGUCCCGGAUACCGGCCCCCGCCACACCUAUCGCUCCUCACCUCACGCUGCCCGAGCCUCUGCCUCCACCACAACCCGAGCCGCCGGAGCAGCCACGGUGCGAGCCAUUUCCCUCUCAGCCGCCGCCAAGAGACUCGGCGGACUCCACAGCCAGCCAAGCACAGCACGUCACUUCCGACCAGAGAAGCACCACCUUCCGCGCCCAGGCUUCUGGUGGAUUGGCUGGUGCAGACGGCCUACCUGAGGUAGUGGGCGGGGCUUGGGCGCGUCCCGCGAGGCUAGAACUCAGGGUGUGGGGGCCAGGCUCCCCGGGAAAAUGCCGAGCAGGCUCUGGAUACCUCUCCUCGCAACACCAGGCCAGGGACCGGGAUGCCUCCUGGAACCCCAGCCGGCCCCCUCUCCGGCCGGGCGUCCGCCAAUCACCAAAGUACUCUAUUGUUCCCCUGCCCUCUCCGGGGAUUCAGCAGUCUCCUCCAACCCGGCUGUGGCUCCCAGAUUCGUGGUUUUGGCCUCAGGCCGCUGCGAUAUUAGUUUGUGACUGGAAGACCGAAAGGAGCAGGCAAGAUAUAAAAUCAUGCACUCCAAGCAGUAUUUACCGACUCCUCACGGUGGAUCAGGAUGGAUGUGAAGUGGAUGAAGCCCUCUAAUCACUGUAAUAAACCUGCCUACACCUCCCAAGAAAUGCGGAGACUGGAUAGAGUUGCUAUGCUAUGGAGAAGUCUAGAAACAACUGUAUUCUUUGUGGCUAUGGCUACCAACUCCUACUCUUAGCUUUCCAUCUCUUCCACCCCUCCCCCAACCCAACUUCCAGGCAGACUUUACACACCCUAGAAGAAUGUCCCUUAGGAAUCUGUUUAGUUCCACAGCAUUGUUCUGCUUUAUCUUCUCAUCAAAGGAGGAAUUUCUAGAAUUGGCAGCUCUUUCACAAGAUUAAAAGGGGAGGGGAAAACGAUUUAUCUCAGCUGGUUUCCUAGCUUCUGCUCAAGAACUGAGUGUGCCUUCAGAAAGAAGGAAGACGCCUUGAGAGAACUCUGUGUCUAGAGGGAAUAUUAACCGUUUGACUUUUUUAAUCUUUCUUAUAUUUUUCUUAUGAGAAAUAUUUUCUGAGUCCCAGCAGCAGAGAGCCUUUGCUUGAGUGAACUUCAUUAUGUUGUUAUACCUCUUGAAUGGCCAAUACUUAACAGGCUCUGAUUGACCAGAAGGGUCCCAAUAGGAAGAGAUAGAAAGGGAGUUGAAUAGUGCUCCAGAUUCCAAAAAAUCAGCAUCCACAAAUUGCCAGGUGUCAAGAAUCUGAACUAGUAGCCCUCCCUUAGCAGCUUCUCUCUCUGGCGGAGGGUGUAUGAAGAUGUAUGUGUUAGCAAUAGAAAUACAGAUUUCUAGGACAAACUGGCACUGCUGUCAUUUGAAGAACCAGAUAAGAACAUAGUUGGCAGCCAUUUCUCUCUUCUUUCUCCUACUAGCUUCAAUAUUAAGAUUUGAAGGUAGAGAAAAGAAUUGAGGAGGAGGUAUUAUAAGUGUUCCAAUCCUAACCUCCCACAGAGAACUUAACAGCACCACAAAUAUUUCCAAACUUCUUCCAGUACCAAAUGAGAAAUGGGCAACCUUGUUUUAUCACAGGGAAAAGAAAAAAAGGCUGAUAUUUAUUGAGCAUUUGCUAAGGCCAGGC